GGCAAAUCCCACCAAACCACGUGACUACAGCGUUGAAGCGAGGGGAUCGGGAAAGGAACUCAAAGAUGUCAGCAGUCGUAGUCGUGCACGGUGGGGCGUGGGCGAUACCGGAUGACCUGGCCGAGGCCUCUGUUGCUGGAGUAAAGGUUGCAGCACGUGAAGGGUUUUCAGUGCUGAAAAGAGGAGAAAGUGCUGUGGAUGCUGUUGAGGCAGCUGUGAGAGCUUUGGAAGAUAACACUGUGUUUAAUGCAGGGCAUGGAGCAGCGCUAAAUACUGAUGGAGAAGUGGAGAUGGAUGCCAUUAUCAUGGAGGGUAGGACACUUGCCAGUGGUGCUGUGUCUUCAGUGAAGAACAUCCCAAACCCUGUGUCACUGGCACGGGCAGUGAUGGAAAAGACAUCCAACGUCAUGUUGACAAGCACAGGUGCAAACCUGUUUGCAGAGAGCAUCGGCAUGGCCACGGUUCCCACUGACACUCUGGUGACUGAUUAUGAGAGGAGAGAGUGGGAGAAGCGCAAGAAUUAUGUUACUGGCGUUACGGAGGAUUUCAAUGCUCAGUGGGCUCAUGAUACUGUCGGGGCGGUUGCUGUGGACUGUGCUGGUAAUGUUGCAUGUGCAACAUCAACUGGAGGGAUUAGAAAUAAAAUGGUUGGCAGAGUGGGAGACUCUCCAGUCAUUGGUUCUGGAGGAUACGCAGACAACUGUAUUGGUGCAGUAUCUUGCACUGGUCACGGAGAGUCUAUUCUCAAAGUCACAUUGGCCAGACUCAUUCUUUCUCACAUUGAGCGAGGUAGAUCAAUAGAGGAUUCCUCCCAGUUGUCUCUGCAGUACAUGGGAGAGCGUGUCCAUGGUGCGGGAGGAGCUAUUGUAGUUUCUCCGUCAGGACAGUGGGCAGCCACAUUCACCACAGAGCGGAUGGCUUGGGCAGCAGUGGAUGGUGAUGUGCUGUGGUAUGGAUUAAACCCAAAUGAAAAAUUCAAAGAACAGUUAACCCAAUAA